AUGGUCGCCGAGCUCAAGAAGUUGGCCUCUUCGGCUGCCGGCAAGCACGCCGCCUACAAGAAAUACACUGUGCAACCGACCGGCAUCUGGAAGCGCAUCGGUGACUUCUUCGCUGUCGACCCCAAGCGCUCCUCGGGUAUCCCUCUCAACCCUCAGUACCGUCUGCCCUCGCCUGGUACCGUGGAUCCCAAGCUCUACGACGACCCUACUACCGUCCCCGCUGCCGACCUUGCCGAGAACCCUUACUGGAAGCGCGACGUCCGCAGACAAUACCCCAAGCUCAGCGUUGUCAAACAGCCCGACGUUGUCGGCCUCUUGACUGUCGGAAGUGCACAAAACCCCAAGGAGAACGUGCUGCAAAUCGGUGAUGCUGGCGCCAAGCAGUUGGUCUCGUUGAAGGAGGAGGGUGAGAAGGGUCUCUCGGCCUUCUUCCAAAAGGACAACAAGGCUGGUCUCAGUGUGCUGGGCCCCAACGGACUGCCUCCAUUCCCUACCUCAAGAUACCCUUCAUCCACCCCAAAGCGCUACGAGAUGCUUAAGGAGCAGUCUUACAGCACAAAGUACGCGUCCCAAAUGCCUUUCGUCAAGCACGCCAAGUUUACUAACUUGCUCCAGCUACCCUUGCAGAACGUUCGAGUAGAUGCAUCGAACAUGUACAUUUUCCUUUCUUUAGACAUUCCAAAUUCGACAUGUAUUGAAAUACUGCCUCUUCUAAAUCUCCGGUUGACUCUAAAGGCGAUCUAG